AUGGCUAUCUCGUACAAAGAGCCUGAGCCGCCGGCUCCUGAAGAUGAUGAUGAAGGCGCGCCCAUAGAGCCUGUGUCCACGAAACGAUUGCGCUGGGCGACUCAGAGACACGCGGGAAACAAAGGGAAGAACAAACGCAGUUCGAUCAUGGGGCGCUUAGGACAUAAAGGUUCAAUGAGCAGUGAGAAGAAGAGGUUCUCCACUGGAGGAGAUUCUCUAGGGGGUGUUCAGGGUCGGCCAGAAUCGACUGAUGAGGGUCCGGAAGAGGAGGUCGUCGACGACCAGGAGGGCCAAGGGCCGAGAAAAGUAUACUUCAACCUCCCACUACCUCCGGAAGCAGUAGAUGAAGACGGGCAUCCUGCCCAGCAAUUUCGCAGGAACAAGAUCAGGACGGCGAAGUACACGGCAAUCAGUUUCAUCCCAAAGAAUCUGUACUUCCAGUUUCAAAAUAUCGCCAACGUUUACUUCCUGUUCUUGAUUAUUCUAGCUUUCUUUAGUAUUUUCGGAGCGUCGAACCCGAUACUGAACGCCGUACCCUUAAUUGUUAUCGUGGCUAUCACGGCUGUGAAAGACUCAGUGGAAGAUUACCGGCGGACGAUUCUAGACAACGAACUGAACAAUUCUCCGGUACAUCGACUGAUUGGCUGGAACAAUGUAAACGUCAACGACGGUGACAUAUCCCUCUGGAGGCGAAUCAAGAAAGCAACAUCUCGAGCGAUGCUCUCUCUGUGGCGCAAAUUGAAGAAGGGCAAGCCGACUCCUGGCAAUGAAUAUGCCUCACGGGCUAUGGAUGAGUCGCGAGCAUCGAUUGAUACAAGGCGACAUUCUGCGAUGUCCACAACCUCUCACAGAGAGUCCUAUGCCUCAGCUAGAGAAGACAUACAAAUGACCCCUGUGCCAUCCCCUCUACCUAGAGAGAACAAUCUGACAGUUCCUGAUCCUUUGGAGCGCCCAGGCUCAGCAUUCUCUUUCCAGGACGCAAACCACUCUCCUAUCAAGAAGAACUUCGGAAAUCUGAUAAAUCCAGCUCGUCAAGCUUCUGGCAAGGCCCGAUUCCACCUUGACUACUGGAAGAAUGUCAAAGUAGGGGAUUUUGUCCGACUUUACAAUGAUGAUCAAAUCCCUGCAGAUAUUGUGAUUCUUUCGACUUCCGAUCCUGAUGGGGCUUGUUAUGUCGAAACCAAGAAUCUGGAUGGAGAAACGAAUCUGAAAGUACGACACGCGCUUCGAAGUGGUAGGAAAAUUAAGCAUGCCCGUGAUUGUGAAAAGACGGAGUUUUUCAUUGACAGCGAACCGCCUCAAGCAAAUCUCUACCAAUACAGUGCUGUUACACGCUGGACACAAAGAGACUCCAAGGAUCCGGAUUCUCCAGGGGAGGAAAUGGCAGAGCCAGUUUCUAUCAACAACAUGCUUCUGAGAGGGUGUAACCUGCGGAACACUGAAUGGGUUCUAGGUGUUGUGAUCUUUACUGGAUUCGAUACCAAGAUCAUGAUCAACUCUGGAAUCACACCUAGCAAACGUUCUCGAAUUUCCCGAGAGCUGAACUGGAAUGUCAUCUACAAUUUCAUCAUCCUGGUUUUCAUGUGCCUCGCCUCCGGGAUCUACAUGGGCGUCUACUGGGGCAAGUCGGGCACCUCUAUCGUUUACUUCGAAUUCGGCUCGAUCGCUGAUGGAAAACCGGCACUGGAUGGUUUCAUCACUUUCUGGGCAGCUAUCAUUUUGUUCCAGAAUUUGGUGCCCAUUUCCUUGUACAUCUCUCUUGAAGUUAUCAAGACAUGCCAGGCUUUCUUUAUCUACAGCGACUCCGAAAUGUACUAUGAGAAGCUCGACUACCCGUGUACCCCCAAGUCUUGGAACAUUUCGGAUGAUCUUGGUCAAAUUGAAUACAUCUUCUCCGACAAGACUGGGACACUUACUCAGAAUGUCAUGGAGUUCAAGAAGGCUACGAUCAACGGAGUUCCGUACGGCGAAGCCUACACCGAAGCUCAGGCCGGUAUGCAGAAGCGACAAGGUAUCGAUGUUGAGAAGGAGGGAGCAAGAGCACGAGAGGAAAUUGCGCAGGCCCGAGUGAAGAUGAUUGCGGAUAUUAGGAAGCUCCACAACAAUCCAUAUCUUCACGACAGUGACUUGACCUUUGUGGCUCCCGAUUUCAUCACCGAUAUGGCCGGUCACUCAGGUCCUGAGCAGCAGAACGCCAACGAGCAGUUCAUGCUAGCUCUGGCUCUAUGCCAUACAGUUAUUGCCGAGAUGAGCCCUGGGGAUCCACCAAAAAUCGAGUUCAAGGCCCAAUCUCCUGAUGAGGCCGCCCUAGUUGCUACUGCUAGAGAUGUUGGCUACACUGUUUUGGGCAACUCGACUGACGGGAUCCGCUUGAACAUUCAGGGAGAGGACAAAUCCUUCAAAGUUCUCAACACUCUGGAGUUCAAUUCGACCCGUAAGCGCAUGAGCGCUAUUAUCAGAAUGCCCGACAACAGAAUCAUUCUGUAUUGCAAGGGCGCUGAUAGUAUGAUAUACUCACGCCUCAAGCCAGGAGAGCAAUCAGAGCUUCGUAGAACGACCGCGGAGCACCUCGAAAUGUUUGCACGGGAAGGUCUCCGAACACUCUGCAUCGCUCAGAGAGAACUCGGGGAAGAGGAAUAUCAAACAUGGAACAAAGAGCACGAAAUGGCCUCCGCAGCGAUUACGGACCGAGAAGACAAGCUGGAAGAGGUUUCUGAUCGGAUCGAGCGCGAACUGACACUUUUGGGUGGCACUGCUAUCGAAGAUCGUCUUCAAGAAGGCGUUCCUGAUACAAUUGCUAUCCUUGCUGAGGCAGGUAUCAAACUUUGGGUCUUGACCGGAGACAAGGUCGAGACGGCCAUCAACAUCGGCUUCUCCUGCAACUUAUUAAAUAAUGACAUGGAACUCAUUUUAUUGAAAAUUGACGACGAUACUCUUGGAAGCGCCGAAGCUGCGCUUGACAAGCACUUGGCCACCUUCAAUAUGACAGGUAGCGACUCUGAGCUGAAAGCUGCCCGAAAGAGUCACGAACCACCGGCACCAACCCAUGCCAUUAUCAUUGAUGGUGAUGCUCUCAAAUUGGUUCUAGAGCCUAAAAUCCGUCAGAAGUUCCUACUUCUUUGCAAGCAAUGCAAGUCCGUUCUCUGCUGUCGUGUCAGCCCCGCGCAGAAAGCAGCUGUGGUGCAGAUGGUAAAGAAUGGCUUGGAUGUCAUGACUCUGUCCAUUGGUGACGGGGCAAAUGAUGUGGCCAUGAUUCAAGAGGCCGAUGUUGGGGUUGGUAUUGCGGGAGAGGAAGGGCGACAAGCUGUCAUGUCUGCCGAUUAUGCCAUUGGCCAAUUUCGCUUCUUGCAAAGACUUGUGCUCGUACACGGACGAUGGUCAUACCGGAGACUCGCAGAAACGAUUGCCAAUUUCUUCUAUAAGAACAUUGUCUGGACGUUCACCAUCUUCUGGUACCAGAUCUACUGCAGCUUCGACCAAACCUACCUGUACGACUACACAUACAUUCUGCUCUUCAAUUUGGCCUUUACAUCACUGCCAGUCGUCUUUAUGGGUGUCCUUGAUCAGGAUGUUAGUGACAAGGUCUGUCUCGCCGUGCCACAGCUGUAUCGCCGUGGUAUCGAGCGACUUGAAUGGACACAGACGAAGUUCUGGUUCUACAUGAUCGAUGGGAUAUACCAAUCUGUGGUCUUGUACUACAUGGCUUACUUGGCCUUCGCACCCGGAAAUUUUGUCACCACCAAUGGUCGGAACAUUGACGACCGAGUACGUUUCGGUGUCUACAUCGCCCCGGCUGCCAUCAUGGUCAUCAACACCUACAUCCUGCUCAACUCUUAUCGUUGGGAUUGGCUCAUGUUACUCCUGGUCUCUGUCAGUAAUUUGCUGGUUUGGUUCUGGACAGGUGUUUAUUCCGCCUUUUCGUCAUCGGGCUUCUUCUACAAGGCCGCCGCAGAGACUUUCUCACAGCCGACCUUUUGGGCAGUCACAUGUCUUUCGACAGUCCUCUGUCUGGCACCCAGAUUCUCCAUCAAGGCCAUUCAGAAGAUAUACUUCCCGUACGACGUGGACAUCGUCCGCGAACAAGUCCGCCAAGGAAAAUUCGAUCAUCUUGAGGUACCCUCCGCCCUAAAGCCUUCCGUAGACGAAAUCUCGAAUGGAUCCUCUUCCACCUCGUACGAAAUCGUGAAGCCGAGUAAGCAUACCCAGAGUCCGAGCAUUGACGAAGACCAACGGCCAAUUUACCCCCCAUCAGUUGCCACGCACAAUCCUCGAAGCCAAAAUGGUAGUGACGGCACAGACUUCACGCGACAUCGACAAUCGGUAGAGCAGUCUACUAUCCGCCCAUCAGUGGACCGGGGCAGACCUUCCUACGAUAGGAUACGAGCGUCGAUGGAUCGGGUACGGCCAAGUUACGAGCGAAGCAACGACUUCACGUCGGCGGCUCUCCUGAAUCGCGUCGAGUCCAGCAACUCUCAUGAAUUCCAUCGAGAAAACAGUCAGAAGAGCUUGAAUCCUUUUUAA